GCCGCGAGAGGAGGAGCGAUUUAGAGUGGGCGGGGCCUGAGCUUCCUAACCCAGAGGAGGCGGAGUUGACUGAGCCAAGUGGAGGCUUCAGGUGUACGCUUCCCUAACCGAUCGGAGCAGUAGCUGUUCACGCUCCGUGCACCGUGAACUCUUGUGAUAAUUAGCCCACAGUAGCUUUAUUUUCUACAUCCUCGCACCUGAGGAAGAAAGAAAAUGGCUUGUGCUGAGUAUUCUUUCCAUGUGCCAAGUCUAGAGGAGCUUGUUGGAGUUCUGCAGAAGGGGCUGAAGGAGAACUUUGCUGAUGUCCAGGUCUCUAUAGUUGAUUGCCCUGAUUUGACUAAGGAGCCAUUUACCUUUCCUGUAAAAGGCAUCUGUGGGAAAACUAGAAUUGCAGACGUAGGAGGUGUGCCUUAUUUACUGCCACUUGUAAAUCAAAAAAAGGUUUAUGAUCUAAAUAAGAUCGCAAAAGAAAUCCAGCUUCCUGGAGCUUUUAUUCUUGGAGCGGGAGCAGGCCCAUUUCAGACUCUUGGAUUCAAUUCUGAGUUUAUGCCAGUUAUUCAAACAGAAAGUGAACACAAACCCCCUGUGAAUGGAAGUUACUUUGCUCGUGUUAACCCUGCAGAUGGAGGGUGCCUACUGGAGAAAUACAGUGAGAAAUAUCAUGACUUUGGGUUUGCACUACUGGCUAAUCUUUUUGCCAGUGAGGGCCAACCUGGAAAGGUCAUUGAGGUGCAGGCCAAAAGAAGAACUGGAAAGCUUAACUUUGUGACUUGUAUGAGACAGACUCUUGAAAAACAUUAUGGAGAUAAGCCUGUAGGGAUGGGAGGUACUUUCGUAAUUCAGAAGGGAAAAGUGAAGACUCACAUUAUGCCUGCAGAAUUUUCUUCCUGCCCAUUGAACUCUGAUGAAGAGGUGAAUAAAUGGUUGCGUUUUUAUGAGAUGAAGGCUCCUUUGGUUUGUCUGCCAGUUUUUGUCUCCAGAGACCCAGGGUUUGAUUUGCGGUUGGAGCACACGCAUUGUUUCAGUCAUCAUGGAGAGGGAGGACACUACCACUACGACACUACCCCAGAUACAGUGGAAUACCUUGGAUACUUCUCACCUGCAGAGUUUCUCUAUCGCAUUGAUCAACCAAAAAAGACCCAUUCAUUUGGGCGAGAUUAAAUUAACUGAUACUCAUUUAGAAAAAACAAUUAACUAAGGUUGAUUAAUUAACUCAUUAAUUGAUACUAAUAUGAAAUCUAAUAGAAAUGAUCUUACUACUUAAGUCCUACUUUUUUGGCCUUUGAAAUGAAGGGUAUGUUGACAUUGUGCUCUGUGUUAUUUCAUAGAUCUAACUGAAAGAGAUCAUUGGGAACAAAGGUACAUGAUGGAGACGUUCAUUUUUUUAUUCUAAAGAUCAGUGUUAUGUUUAUACCUUAAAUAUAAUAAACAAGAUUAAGAAUGAAGUGAUUAUUCCUACUAGCUAAUAGUAAUAACUUACAUUAAUCUACUAUUACUCAAUUUCCCAAAUUAGUCUCAUAACUGCUAAGUGGAUAUUUCUGAGUAUUAGAAAAAUCAGGGUUGGAAAUGUUGAUAGUUGUUACAUCUUUGUACUGAGUUUUAAAAAUCCAUUUUAGAAGCCAGAGUACACUUUUUUAUGAAAUAAGGUGGUCAGAGAAAGCACUUAAUUCCUUUUGGUGAAAUUGAACGAUACUCAGAAGUUUGCAGUUUGCCUUUCAUAAAUAUUAGCAAUUAGAUAGUUAGCUGCAAUUCCUCCUUUGUUUGGAUUGCUAAUUGGAAGCAGUCUGGACCCUGCUGGUUAUUUGUAAGAAGGGAAAAGAAACAGCAUCAUAAUAACCUUGAAGUGAGUAGACUUUACAUAAGUGGAGGCUAUUAUUGCUUAUGAUUGCUAAAUAUGACCACUAUAUCCUUCAUGAAAUAUAAAGUACUUUUACUGAUUAUAAUGGUUGAACUUUUCCUUAAUGUUAUUCUUUAAUAAUAAUUAGCCAAAAAUCAACUCUAAUCUUCCUAAUGCCAACAAUGUGCAGAUUUAAGAACUUUUUAGUACUAAGCGUAUAAUAAAUCUUCAAGAAAUAUUUUCAUUAUCUUUGGAUGUUAACUAUAACAUGUCCUGUGAGUAUAAAUUGCUAAAUAUUAUUUUUAAAUAAACACUAGUUUGUAGCCAAAAAUUGAAUAAAAAUUUUAUAUUCACCUGA